AUGCCAACUUCCGAUACCGCCGCGGCUCUCUGGACGAGAGAACCGGGUAAGAAGUCCGAUCAGGAAGACGGCUUUUUGGACGCGUAUGUGGAAUCCGCGAGCACAGAGGACGAGGCGCGCCCUCGACACUGGGACCAAAGCAUGAGCAACCUUCUCAUCUUUAUCGGUCUGUUCUCCGCCACGGUUGCCCCCUUUCUGACCGACAGCUACAACGAUGUGUUGCCAGACUCACUGGACGAGUCUUUGCUGGUCCAGAUUCAGAUCCUAGAAACGCUACAGAAUCAAUCGAAUACGGCGGCCCCGGCUUUGCCACUAAUCCAACCCUUCACGCCUAGUCCUCUGUCUGUUGGCUCAGGUACUCUAUGGUUUUUUAGUCUGUCGACUAGUCUGUCAGCAGCGCUGUUGGCGACACUUAUACAGCAAUGGUCCCGGGCAUACAUGCGGCAGAACUCACAGCACAAGGCCGAGCCGUCUCGCGAUCGGACCGGUAUAUACAAUCUCAUCUUCACCCGGAUCGCUGCCGAAAGUUACCACAUGGAUCAACUCGUCUUCAUAGCUUUCAGCCUCACACAUGUGGCCGUCUUUACAUUCAUUGCUGGAUUGCUGAUCCAGCUCUGGGGCGUGAACAACGUAUUCACUGCGGCCAUGUUGAUCUAUUUUGGCACGCUAACAGCAGCAUACGUGCUCUUUAGUGCCUUGCCGAUCUUAUCUCUGGAUAAGAACCUUCCAUACGUGACGCCUUUGACGUACGUGCACGCUAUGUUUAUCUACUCCUGCAUCUGCCUCAUUCCCCGAUCGUUUCCAAUGCUCAGAUGGACUCGACCCUGGUACCUGGAUGAAGUAUCCACCACGUGCCGGUCGCUUGCGAUCGAUUGUAUGACGGCUCAGUGGUGGGAAACACCGUAUGUCAAGUCCGAUGGCACGGGAUAUUGGAACCGAGUCUCGCACUUCAGUUUCGCUUGGGAGCACACAAAGCCCCGCAUGAUCACCGAGGGGAAGUUGGGUGCGCUGUUGUCGUCCGCAUUGCAUACGCUUGUGCAACCGGGGCCAGCGAGGAAUACACUCAAGUGUUUGAAUCAGCUCGCUUCCGAUCAGGAACUCGUUCGCGCGCUAUAUGCACGGUGCCACUCCCUUGCUCAUGGCGGGGCAGCCGAUGAUGGCGGGCACACUGCUUUCCUGCAGACGGUCUGUGUUCUAAUGAAUGCUCUCAUGACGACUGAGAUCGAGAAGACUGUCACGUAUGGGUCAAUCAACAACAAUGCUUUGGGAUAUUUCAUCGAACUCCUGUUCGCGUUGAUCAGACACGGUGCUUCGGAUCGCCGGGACGCACAGUGGUCUUUGAGGGCACGUCUUUACAUCUUCUACCUCCGCUCGGCCCUCUGGUGGCACUGUCGUCGUGCGUCAAAGCGCGAGCUGCGUCAACCUGACCCAAUCCCUCCGCUAGACAACCAUGAGGUGCUCUAUGUGCAAAACAUGCACCCCGAGACGCUCUUGAUCAUGCUCAGCACACCGAUGUACAAUGGAGGGGAUUCAGCCUCUGAAACGCCGUUUGACUUGAUCCCUCUUCACGAUGACGCGUGUUGUAGAGCCGGAAAGAUACCAGAGCACUUCGAGGCUUGCAAUCUCCUUACGUUGAUUGCGCAUAUCUUGAGCGCAUCUGAAGUAGAUGCAUCUGCUGUUCUCGAUGAUCCGCUCACCCAGCGCUUCUACCGGUUGAUGCAAAACCGGAACGAUGUGCAAAAUUCGUACCUGGAUGUCGAGGCCCGUGAGACGACCCCUUCGAUGUGCGCGCCAUCAGAGGCCUUCAAAGCAACGCUUAGACGAGCUGGAUUGCAAACGUGGCUAGAGGAUCAAGACGGAAGCUUCGCACGGCCAGACGAUCUGCUUUUGAACUCGCCGGUUCUGACGCGAACCCUACGAGAUAAAUCAGACGAAGGAAUCGAGAUUGUGUUCACAGUUCUUCACCUCCUUCGUAGUCUCGCGAGGCUCACGACGAUGAGACAUGUAACUGUCUCGCAGGUAGAGCCGGGGAUGUCGCAAGACGCGAACAUUGUCAGUCGCCCUCGCACAAUUCAAUCACCUGCACGACCUGCUCUCGAUGAUCCUGAGGCGCAGAUCUCGAGCCCCGCGACUGGCGAUUACGCUGAAGCGAGCGCACACCAGCAGGUCACUGUCCUCGAGGGACAUGCGCCAGAUACCUCAGACGAGGAUCAUCCAGGAGCGCCUCCACGUGGCGCUAGAAUAUCCGUGCUCAAAGUGGGAAAGGUGGCUGCCGCUUUUUGCGGUAAGAUGACGAGGGACAGACUUGAGAGGGAAGUAGCGAAGGUCCGGGAUCAGGAGAACCCGGUCUUCGUCGAUGUACAAGGAAGAAGCAACGGAGGUGGAGACCAAGUCAGACGUGUCGCUACUGUGCUUGGGCCCGUACCGGACGCUAUGGCUGGAAAUUGA